CCCGGGGGUCCGCGCCCCCGCCGCCCCUGCCCGGCCCGGCCGGAGGAGACAGAUCAUCCGGUCACUCGAUGGGGAUUACCAGCGGACCACCUGUUUGUACCACCUUCCCACCUCUCUGUAGCAAGAAAAGUCACUUCAGCACCUCUUCAGUAAUAAUGAUGAAACUGGUAUUAACUGAAUGGCAUUUAUGGAUUUUUAACUCUAAUUCACAGUAAACCAGCAAGCCAUAUGUUUAAAAUCCAACCAAAAAUCGUUCUGUGUUGCUGCAUGUCUCAUACCAUUGUAAGAAGUUGUGAGAUACCCACUUGUGCAAAGAGGAAUGUGAGUGUUGCUUGCCCAAGGAACACAACCGAAGCAGAAAGAGAAGACGUCUUAAUUUAUCAUUACAGAUCUAUGAAAGCAUUAUUUAUAUAGAUAGAAUAUAUAGAGAAAUAUAUAUUUUUUGGUGGUAAUGAAAAUGGCUCCGCAGAAUGCCGACUCAGAAUCUAUGCAAGUUCAAGAGUUAUCCGUGCCCCUGCCAGACCCGCAGAAAGCCGGAGAUGCAGAGGCCGAGAACUGUGAGACCAUCAGCGAGGGGUCCAUAGACCGAAUCCCCAUGCGCCUGUGGGUGAUGCACGGGGCGGUGAUGUUUGGCAGGGAGUUCUGUUACGCCAUGGAAACAGCUCUGGUCACACCCAUACUGUUGCAGAUUGGCCUUCCGGAGCAGUACUACAGCCUCACCUGGUUCCUGAGCCCCAUCCUCGGCCUCAUCUUCACGCCUCUCAUUGGGUCUGCCAGUGACCGGUGCACCCUGAGCUGGGGCCGCCGGCGGCCUUUCAUCCUCGCGCUUUGCGUCGGCGUCCUGUUCGGCGUUGCGCUUUUCCUCAACGGCUCUGCCAUCGGUCUGGCCCUCGGCGAUGUCCCUGGCCGGCAGCCCAUCGGCAUCGUGCUCACGGUGCUGGGGGUGGUGGUCCUGGACUUCAGCGCCGAUGCCACCGAGGGGCCCAUUCGCGCCUAUCUGCUGGACGUGGUGGACAGCGAGGAGCAGGACAUGGCCCUCAACAUCCACGCCUUCUCUGCCGGCCUCGGCGGGGCCGUCGGCUACGUGCUGGGUGGGCUGGACUGGACGCAGACCUUCCUGGGCAGCUGGUUCCGGACCCAGAACCAGGUGCUCUUCUUCUUCGCCGCCAUCAUCUUCACGGUGUCCGUGGCCCUGCACCUGUUGAGCAUCGAGGAGGAGCAGUACAGCCCGCAGCAGGAGCGCAGCGCCGAGGAGCCCAGCGCCCUGGACGGGGGCGAGCCGCACAGCGUCCCUGCCUUCCCGGACGAGGUGCAGUCGGAGCACGAGCUGGCCCUGGACUACCUGGACGUGGACAUCGUACGCAGCAAGAGUGACUCGGCACUGCACGUGCCGGACGCCGCGCUGGACCUGGAGCCCGAGCUGCUCUUCCUGCACGACAUCGAGCCCUCCAUCUUCCAAGACGCCUCCUACCCUGCCACCCCCUGCAGCACCAGCCAGGAGCUUGCCAAGGCCAGGCCGCCCCACCUGACCACCUUCCUCAGGGAAGCCGCCAAGGAGGACGAGACCUUGCUGGAUAAUCACUUGAAUGAAGCUAAAGUCCCAAAUGGAGGUGGCUCCCCGGCCAAAGAUGCCCUUGGCGGCUACGCCAGGGUGGGCAUGAAGCCCUCGGCCACGUCCAGCUCCGUGCGGCGGCGGCGGCACGCGUUCCGCCGGCAGGCCUCCAGCACCUUCUCCUACUAUGGCAAGCUCGGGUCCCACUGCUACCGCUACCGGCGUGCCAACGCGGUGGUGCUGAUCAAGCCGUCGCGCAGCAUGAGCGACCUGUAUGACAUGCAGAAGCGGCAGCGGCAGCGGCGCCGGCACCGGAACCAGAGCGGGGCCACCAACUCCAGCGGAGACACGGAGAGCGAGGAGGGCGAGGGCGAGACCACCGUGCGCCUGCUGUGGCUCUCCAUGCUGAAGAUGCCCAGGGAGCUGAUGCGCCUGUGCCUCUGCCACCUCCUCACCUGGUUCUCCGUCAUCGCCGAGGCCGUGUUCUACACCGACUUCAUGGGCCAAGUCAUCUUCGAGGGUGACCCCAAGGACGCCACGAACUCCACCGCCUGGCAAGCCUACAACGCCGGGGUGAAGAUGGGCUGCUGGGGCCUGGUCAUUUACGCAGCCACUGGUGCCAUCUGCUCAGCCCUGUUACAGAAGUACCUGGACAACUACGACCUGAGUGUCAGGGUGAUCUAUGUGCUGGGGACACUGGGCUUCUCCGUGGGCACUGCCGUGAUGGCCAUGUUUCCCGAUGUCUACGUUGCCAUGGUCACCAUCAGCACCAUGGGUAUCGUCUCCAUGAGCAUCUCUUACUGCCCCUACGCCCUGCUGGGCCAGUACCACGACAUCAAGCAGUACGUCCACCACAGCCCCGGGAACUCCAAGCGUGGCUUUGGCAUCGACUGCGCCAUCCUGUCCUGCCAGGUGUACAUCUCCCAGAUCCUGGUGGCCUCGGCCCUCGGGGGCGUGGUCGACGCUGUGGGGACUGUCCGUGUCAUCCCCAUGGUGGCCUCUGUGGGCUCUUUCCUGGGCUUCCUGACGGCCGCAUUCCUGGUGAUCUAUCCCGACGCAUCAGAGGAGGCCAGGGAAGAGCAGAAAGGCCUGUCUUCCCAGUUGGCCAGCGAAGGCGGGGCGGGAGGGAGCAGGGAAAAGCCCACUGUGCUGAAGCUCGUGCGGAAGGAGGGCCUGCCGGGGCCGGUGGAGACGGAGUCCAUGGUCUGAGCCGCACUCCCGUUUACACACAUUCCACAAGGUGGGCGGGCGGGCAGGCGGGUGGAUGGCGGGGCCCGGCCACAGGCGGGAGCUGACGCUUUGGAGCCCGGCAGCUGCUGUGGCCGCCCUGGCAGCGCAGGCCCGAGCCCCUCCGCUCCGUAGUCACAAUUCAGUCAUCAUAGGGUAGGUUUGAGCUACUAGGCAAAAAUACCACACUAACCACUUUUUUGAUGAUUAAAAAAAUCAUUUGAAAUAUUUUUUAAUUGAAAAA